UUGACGCGAUGCAGAGGCUUAAGUGCAAGGAGCCAUGGGGCCGUGCUGGCAGGUACAACCAUACCAGAGGGCUCAUGGUGAGCACGAACUAAGAACUACCCUUCCCUUGUCAAGUAGCGUCUGUAUAUCCCUAUGGGGCGGCUACUUGACGGUACUGUCAGAAGGUUUUCCCUUUCAAUGAGAUUGGGGCCUUCCUGACAGUACAUGUCCGCUUUUCUGGACCCCUUGGGUCCUCUGUCCCUUUCCCUUACAGAGUCCGAAAUCCACCAGCGUCUGUUCCCAUAUUGGGCGGCUUGGUGGUCUGUUUGACCCCAGUGGGGCGGCAGUUUUUCACCUGGCAGCUAGGUAUAAAAUGCACUUUUCACGUCGGUCCGUCCGAUAAAUGGAUGAAAAUAAACAGUGCCCUAUGUAUCCGGUCGGGGGCCUCAUAAUCUCCGGAGACCCUAUUCCCGCGGCGGCGAUUUCAGGUCGCGGUGAAUCGAGAGCUACUGAGAUCCAGGUUAGUUCGGUGGCGACACCGGGCCGAGCUAAUCUGCUAGCUACUGGCGCUCAACAACAAGCAGGAGGAGUUUUAGGGAAACCUAAAUCAUCUGAAUGCGCAAAGACUGCAUCCUCUAAAAAAGGAUGCAAGAGUAAAAGCAGCGAGGUGCCUCUGAAUUUCAACCCAAGCACCUCGAAAGCUGCCUUGGCCCGUACCGACAGAGGAUCGGUAAAAACCCCUGUUUUGGGAGCUGCUAGCUUGAAAACUCAGGCUGCAGCUAACCCAGUGCCGAUUGUGAGCAAGGGUGCUGCGAACAAGAUUUCGGGUACCCAAGCUACACCUCUCCCUGCCAGCAAAGGAACUGCGAACAAGUUUUCGGGUUCCCAAGCUGUGCCUCCUGCCCAACAGGGCGACAACAACCCCACAAGGCACGUAACACCAGCCAGAAGGGCUUUUUUGAGACGGCGAGCCGCCGAGAAAAUUAUCGACCGGUUAGGCAACAAACCUGCCGAGUCACUCUCGACUGAUGAUUUAUCAUCUCUCAACUGGGCAAGGAACAUCAUAGCUGACCUGCAGAAUCCUCCUCAUGCGUCUAAGGACGCGCCUAAACGGCAACGUUCCGAGGAGGAGGCGCAAUCGCAGAGCCAGCAGCCCGCGACGAAACGUCCCAAGUCUCACCGAUCGUUUGACAAAUCCUUCAGCGAGGUGGCUAAAGGUCAUCUUGUUCGGGCUGUCAUCGAUCGGAGUGACUCUGACUGCUCUAUAUCCCAUGCAAAUUGGGAUAUGGUGCGCAGAAAACUGAUGGGAGUGUUCUGGCGAGUUCUCAAAGAGAACCCGGGACCCCCCCCUCAGUGUGAUGAUGCCGGCUGGUAUCGCGGUCGGGUUAAACUAAUGGCUUGUUCAAACGAGCGAUCUGCCAUGCUUUUUAAGCAGGCUGUCGCUCUGUUGGACGGCCUUUGGGAAGGAGCUAGGCUGGAUGUGGUCUCUGUUGACGAGAUACCACGCCGGCCUAGAUCCACAGCCCGAGUUCCCGACGAACCGGCGAAACCGGAGGAAAUACUGGAGCUCCUUCGGAUCGGAAAUCCUGACAUCCCUACACAUGAUUGGAUGGUUGCCAGGGUCUCCGAAUCUGAAGGGGGAUACAGGAGGAUCACGGUCAUCAUGAACCAGGAGUCCCUAGCGCCUCUUCGGAAAAAUCUAGGAAAGGUCUACUACGGUUUCGAGUCGAUCUUUCUUAGAGUCUACCGAGGAGACGAUAAGGGUAAACUGGUUCAGGAUGACAUUGAACCUACCCCCGAUGACAUGUCUUGCGAUGAGACUACUAGUUCUGUUGCUCAAGAGGACACCCACUCCAACUCUGAAAUGGUGGGUGAAUUUUUUGGGCCAUUGGACGAUGUAGUUGACGAGGACGCCCUCUUGGACUCGAGUCCCUCGGACCAAGAAGACGUCAACGUCACAAUCAUACAAAAACACGGAGAUGGUGAAGGUAACCCAAAUUAAUCUUCACCACUCCAAAGCAGCUUCGGCUGCCCUGCUCCUCCGGAUGUCAGAGAGAGGGGAGGAGCUAGCACUCAUCCAAGAACCCUGGAUCCAUCGAGAAGGGGUUCGCGGACUGGGUGCCAAAGGCCAUAAGCUACUAUACAUGAAAGGCUCAGCGAUGAAGAUACUGUGGUAGCGGCCUGGGAAACUGGUGUAGGAACUAUACUAGUUAUCUCAAGCUACAUGGCACAUGACCACAGCGAACCACCACCAAACAGCAAGGUUCGCGACAUAAUUGAAAGGGCAAGAGUUGAGAAUCUGCCGGUUAUUAUUGGAGCUGAUGCCAAUGCACAUCAUAUUGUAUGGGGCAGCUCGGAUACCAACGCAAGGGGUGAGUCAAUUUUCGAAUUCAUUCUUUGUAAUAACAUAGACAUAGUCAACACUGGUUCAGAACCAACCUUUGUAGUUACUAACAGAAGGGAGGUUCUUGAUUUAACGCUAGUUAGUUCUAGGCACUCAGAUCUUAUCAGUGGAUGGAGAGUUUCGAAUGACUGUUCAUUCUCUGAUCAUAUGUACAUAGACUUUGUUAUUGAAGUUCGUGAAAAGGGGGCUAUGCCUAUCCGAAACAGGAGAAGGACUGAUUGGGUUGGGCAACAUGCUACUCUCUCUCGCCUUCUCCCUGACCCUCCGAUCAUUAGUGAUCGGAAUGAUAUUGAAAUUGCGGUCAACAAUUUGACUAAUGCGUUUGAUAGAGCGAUAUCAGAUUCAUGCAGACCUAGUAUCUGCAGAGGUAGGAAAAAACCACCUUGGUGGACUUCCGAGAUAGCGAACACUCGUAGAGAGUGUCGCAAACUUUUCAAUGAGGCCAAGAGACUGGGCAACUGGUCUGUUUACAAGUCCUCUGUGAAUAAAUUCAAGAACCUGGUUAGGAACGCGAAGCGCAAAUCCUGGAGGUCCUUCUGUAGCGGCGUGGAAGGUUCCUCUGAGACGAGUCGCUUGCGCAGGAUCUUGUCAUC